GUGGAGCGGAAGUCACGUGACUAAAGCGGGAACUUUGUUCUCAGCUAAACAGAUGCAAAUCUGAAUUAUUUGAAAUAAAUAAUAAGCAGUAUUAUUACUUUUUUUAAUACUGACAGCCCGAAUAGUGAAAACUGGACAGCUAGCUAAAUAAAUAAUAUCAAGUUUGAAGAUUACAAACUGGCACGGCCGAGAAGAAGAUGCAUCAGUGGGAUUUGUCUGUGUUCUCCGUCACCCCAGCUGCCAGCUUGCUGUCAAGAUGCGUCUCUAAAGGAGCUGUGUCUCAGGGUGAAAUAGACUCGGCCUUCUCUGACCCAAACCCCAUCUUCUCUUCACACCUGCAGGAGGCUGAAGAACAAAUCAGGAACCAGAAACAGCUGGAUGAGUUGCAGCUGCAGUUGGAGCUGCUGAGGCUCGACCAGAAGAGUGCUGAUGUCACUCAUGUUUUCCAUCUUGCUCAGAAGAACGAGAGGCUGCAGACACUCGGUAAUCACCUGCUGGACCUUCUGAAGGAGCAGAAGGUUCUGAAGCAAAAACUGAUGAGACCUCUGGCUCGCACCAAUCUGCCCGUCAUGGCUCACCUGCACAAGUUUGUGGUGAAAACAGUAAAGCUGAUGAUGGACUUCAUAGAGUGUCUGGAGGAGAAGCUGAGCUCAGCCCAGAACCAGACCGCCACUGCAGACUGCCUCACCCUGCUGGAUACGUCCUGCUCCGUGAUGCUGGCUCUGGCAGCAGAGACGGAGACGCUGUCCAACCGGAUCCUGCAGUGGAAGAGCAGCAGCUCCCAAAUGAUCUCUGUCACGUCACAGACUGUCGGCUCUGCUGGAGAAACGGGCUGAAGCAGAGUUCCAGAAAUAAACUCCUUUUUAUUUUAAUAAAGACUUGAAUUUUAGUUUAA